AUGGUGCCGUAUCCAGAGAAUGGCGGCAAGUUCAACACUAAACAUCUCGCCUGGCUGGCGUAUGCUGUCAGCCUCGGAGGAGUCCUGGCUCCCAUCUGCUUCGUUGGUGGGCCUAUCCUCACCAGAGCGGCCCUCUACACGGGUGGUAUUGUUGGUGGACUGUCGGCAGUAGCGGCCUCAGCACCGUCGGAUCGAUUCCUAAUGUGGGGUGGACCGCUCGCCAUGGGUCUGGGCGUGGUCUUCAUAUCUUCCCUUGGAAGCAUGUUCCUGUCUCCGGUGGGUCGCUUGGGCGCCGGCCUGUACGCAAUCAGCCUCUAUGGCGGUCUCGUGCUGUUCUCUGGCUUCCUCCUCUACGACACACAACUAGUUGUUCGACGUGCCGAGCAGCAUCCUGCGCCCUUCUCCUACCCAACCAAAUACGGCGUAACGGAGAUGGGCGUCCGCCCCUUUGAUCCAAUCAACAAGUAA